CGAUUUGCAGGCUAAUCAUUUUCAAACCAAAGAUUAUUUCAGUAGAUAAUUUUCAUCUUUUUUAAGGAUGUAUGGUAUGUUUUCUUUUUCAUUUCUACCUAUUUAGCCCAUUUAGAACACUGAGAGGACACGAAAAAGACAUUUAUUUGAAAAUUUCAUAUAGUGACUGAGUUCCAGAUCCAGCCAUGGCCUUUCAAACCAGUUACAGUGAUAGUGCACUUAGUUCUGAUGUUGAAAAGGAUGCAAACCCCGGUGCAAACUCUAUUAAAUACCGGACUCUACUGAAGGAAAUUGACAAUGGAUUAGGAGCAAGAGAUAUGGAGAAGCUGAAGUACUUAUGCCAAGACUUGGGUGUUGCCCCACGGAAAUUUGAGAAUAUGAAUAGGGGUAUCUACUUGUUUACAGAAUUGGAAAAGCUUGCAUUGGUCACAGCAGAUGACAUUUCAUUGCUGGUGCUCCUGAUGCAAGCAAUCAAUCGCUAUGACCUGGUGAAAAAACUGAAGUCAUGGAGCAGCAAGGAAGGAAAGUUGGCCCACAUGUUAAGUUCUUACAGGAGAUUGAUGCUAAGGAUAUCUGACAGUCUGAGUCGAGACGAGAGAGACCAAUUUAAAUUUUAUCUCAGUGGAGGUGAAAUUCCAAUUCCUGUAGCAGCCAUCGAAGAAUGCAAGACACUCUUACAGCUCUUUGUUCUAAUGGAGAAAUACACAUUGAUUGGCCCGGGAGAUCUUGAAUACUUCACUUCAAUCAUGCAGUCUAUUGGAAACAUAGCCAUUGUUAAAGAAAUAGAAAAGUAUUUUGCCAAUGAAAGAUCACCAGCAAUUAAUGUAGAAUCGUGUUCCAGUCAAAGUUUCCAAUCUCAUCAAGGUAGUGGAGCAGCAUACGACCCUGCCAAUAUGAGAAGCAAAUCUGAACCAACAUUUAGAGUGCACACGCACAUCCCACCACCGGAUGGACACGUCUACCAAGGGAUUCCACAGCAAUAUCAACAACCUUACUACAAGAAUCCACCACAGCAAUAUCACAAUCCACACCAACAGGCAACACCAUCUUUCAGCCAGCAGUACCCACCCCAACAGUUGGUGCAUGGACAACAAAUGGCUAUAAAGAGAGAGCCCGAGGAUAGGACAGGUAGUGAAAUGUCUGGUUUGACAUUUGGCCCUGAGAGACCGAAAUGGUACUACGAAGCCGUGGAAAAACAUGGUCCUGCCUACGCCGAUGAAUUGUGGGAAAAGGUUUUACAGAAGAUGAGAGAAGGUGAGGUCCGGAAGAAAAUGCAGGAGAUGAAGAUAUCUGAAGAGAGAAGAGUUGAGGAGAGGGGACCUUCUGACAAGACACAACCAGGUGAUGAUGAAAGGGAAGCAUCCGUCACAAGGACCCUUGCCUUAGGACCAAUAAGGGAUACCAAAUCAACAGAAUCGCUGCAAACCCAAACACCCAGUGAAGGGGGACAUAGGAUUGUACCUGCCCAAACUGCUACUAUUUUACAGCAACAAAAUCCAGGUCCCUCUCCACAAUUGCCAAAGUACAAAAUGGACAGGCUCCCUAGAGGAUUGUGUAUCAUUUUCAAUGCAGAAAAUUUCACAGGAACCAAACUUGAAAAACGAGUUGGUACAGAAAAGGAUGUUGAGGCAUUGCGGAACACUUUUCAAAAGAAUCUGAGAUUCAAAACCCUUGUGAAGAAUGACCCCACUCGGCAAACAUACGUUGAUUACCUGCAAGAGAUUGCAAGAAUGGAUCAUUCUGAGUAUGAUUGUUUUGUCUGCGUCAUCUUAUCUCAUGGAUCCAAAGGCUGUGUCUAUGGUACUGAUGGAAGACAGAUCCAGAUUGAUGCAUUGACAGGACUAUUUAGAGGUGAGUACGUACCAACUCUUUUGGACAAACCCAAACUGUUCUUCAUCCAGGCUUGCCAGGGAACAGAUGGCCAAGCGGCUAUCGACAUCAGGCAGGAUGCCGUUACUUCACUUCCUAAUGAAUCAGACACCCUUCUUAGUCUGUCUACAGUUCCUGGAUAUUCUUCUAAUAGGAGUGUCUCCAAAGGCACUUGGUUUAUCACUACACUGUGUUCUGUUAUCAAUUCCCACUACAACAAGCAUGUAGAUCUUCUUUCAAUGCUGACCAUGGUUAAUUACUUGCUCAGCACUGCAGCAGAUAAAGAAAAAAAGAAGCAAAUUGGAAACCCCUCACACACGCUACGCAAACAAAUCUAUUUCAAUCAAGGACUUGGGGAAUAGAUAUCUGUUAUGGAUGCAUCAUUGACCAACUAACUCAUUUCUGACUAUGUCGUGUUAUAAGAGGAAGUAUCCAAAGCUGAAUAGAUUAUUCAUGGCUGUGUAUCACAAAACAUACACACAAGUUUGUGUUUUGUGAUUGAUUGCAGGGAAUGAUUUUACUUCCAAUUUAGGCUGUUCGGGAAGUAUCUUUUAAAAAGUUGUGAAGUCUUUUACCCGCUAUGCAAAGCAAAUAACAUUUUGGAAUAAAAAAAAAUGCAUUGCUUGUGAUUAUCAGUUCAAUGAUCAAUCAUUAGGCUUCAAGGCUGUAGAUACUGGAGUUAAGGCACCUUGUAUAAUUUCUGUGAUGUCUUUCCCCACAAGAAACAGCUUUCAAAUUACAAAUUCUUCCAUU